AUGGAUGACUGGCGACAGAGAUAUGCUUUCUUUGGCGCUGGUUCGUGCGCUCAAAACGCAUGGGACGAGUUCCAGAAGCAGGUCUUGCGCAUCAAGGAGACGCAGCGCUCCAAAGAAGAAGAAGUGGAGGGGGGCUGGUACACCGAGGAGCGCAUGCAGAAGGAGCUCUCAUACUCAGCGUCUUUGAUCUCGAAAAUCAAAGCUUACUGUUUGCGCUUCAAAAGCGUCUUGGUGAGGAACUGGAAGUAUGACAGCAACAUCCAAGAGUUCUUCGUUGAAACGGCUGACACUGUCAAGGUUCGACGUUCCGAGCUGGAGCGCUGGCAAGAAGCUGAGGAAAUCGGUGAGAAGGACCUCCCUGCUUCGAAGCCAGAACAAAUGGCUUUGAUGGACACGCGUGGAGUUCAAGAGGGUGAACCUGGGAAAGUAGGGGCUCUGCAAUGUGGAACGCUUGAUGAAAUGAAGGAACAAAUGAAGCAGUUUACAGAGUCCGUGCAUCAGAAGGCGAGCUCGGUGGUCAGUUGGGUCAGCCAACUUGAAGGUGGCUCUGCGGAUAAUUCCAGGUUGCAAAAGUUUCUGGCCGACAUGCGUGGAUUAAUUGACUCUUUUGAUGGGGCUUUCUUGAAGCUUGCUGAAUCACAGCAUGCGCUGGAUGCUGGCACCAUGCCUCUGGAUGAGUUGCAGAAGAAGUUCACAGAUGCGAAGGAGUCUGCUCGCAAUCCGUGCAUCAAGAUCAUGGCUGCCGAGCACACGUUCAAAUUGCUCUUGGCCGAGACGAAGAAAGGCAAUGGCAAUGGCAGCAAGCGUCCUCGUUCUGAUGAUCAGGUUGCCCCUCAGGUUGCGGAGACCAAGCUGCCGAAGUCCAGGUCCUCCUCGGUCGCUGUCUGUUCCCUGUUUAGCUUUGCCUACGAUGGUCCUCACAGUGGGGAAGUGGAUGCACGAAGGACGAAGACUGGCAAGCUGGCAUGUGGAGCACAGGGCACCUUCGAAUCCGCAGAUGAUUGGUUGAAGCUGAUGGAGUUCGCCUGUGCAUCCGACAGUCAGUUUGUGGCCGAGGUCCUUCGAUGGCUUGAUCCGGACUUUGAGAUGGAGGAGCGUGCUGCGGAUGGAACCCACGACGAUGAGUGGCACAUUGCUCCUGCAAUCCAACUUGCAGAACGUGCAAAAGCAGUUCUGGAGGACGACAAGAGGCUUGGGAUCAACCGAGAUGACAAGGCACGGGAAUGCUUCAAAGCCUUGGAUGAGGCAGCUUUGAGAUUGCCGGUGCCUAUGAGCUAUGGUAAAGUUGGUGGUGAUCAACGUUACCCAUGGCUCAAGCCAAGUGAUAUGAUUCGAGCUCUACAUCGCUGGAAUCAGUUGGGAUACAUCCUGCCAGAGUCUACCUUGGAGGCUUCGAAGCAGCACCUGGCCAUUUAUUGGGACCGAUUUCGGAAACUUUACCCGGACCACGAGAUCUUCGACAUCCUCACCAACGACCAGCUCCAGCUGACUCUGCCGGUGAAAAUUCAUGGAGAUGAAGGCAAAAAGAAGUCACCAAUUAUGCUGAUCAACUGGCAGCCAGUACUUGGCCGAGGGACAAGCAAGACUGCUAGCCUCCCUGAGAAAGAGCAGGAAUUGUGUCGCUUUCUGUCGUUUGCAGCGCUGAAAGAGACUUACUUCGAUUGUCCGGAAGCUUUGGACGAUGGGAUGCGGCUUGUAGCUUCUGAUCUAGACAAUUUGAUGAGACAUGGACUAGAACUUCGGUUUGGAGAAGCCUUGGAGACCUUCCGUCUUGGAGUGACAGGGGUCAAGGGCGACUGGCCAUGGCUCAUUGAGGCUGGACACCUUUGCAGACACUUCAGAAGAGCCCCGAAGAUGGGAGAAUCGACGAUGGAGGCUGGUGGAGUGUGCCAUCUAUGUCUUGGAGGAGUGCGCGAUUUUCCUUUCGAAGAUUUUGGAUCAUCUCCCAGCUUUGAAGCGACCAUGUACAGCGCAGCGGCACAAGCUCCUUGGGACUCUAUCUCUCCUUUCGUGGAGAUGCUGCCAAGUCAGACAGGCAUGCCUGGUUGGCUAUUUCGCCCGGACAUCUUCCACAACUGGCAUUUAGGUGCUGGAAAGUACUUUAUAGCGAGCUCAUUGGAAUGGAUGGAAAGCUUCCUGACCGAUGAUGUGGUUAACCAUUUGGCCGACCUUGACGCCAGAGUUCCCUUGAUUGCAGUGGUCACCCGGAACACCAAUGAGCUUUUCAGGUUGCUUUACAGCAAUGGAGCCUGGCUACAUUGCACCAUUGCGGCAGAAGUUGCUCGCAGGGGUUUGCUGUCUGUGCGUGCCAACAAGAGAUUGGCUCAGGUUUCUGUCCAGCUUUGUGAGCCUAGGUACCCAAUACAUCCUAAGCUGCAUAUGCUUUUCCAUGGCUACCGCUUUUUAGAACAGUGGAGCCUGGAUCAUGAGUGGUGUGAAUCACCAUUGGUCGACGGGUGUCAGGUCGACGAGUCUUUUGUUGGAGUGAUAAGUAGGUAUUCUAGACGAGUAUCUCCAAAGAUUACUGUCCAAAGGACAUAUGAUCUCUACUUGACCUCUAUGAGGCAUCAUGUACAGGGGGAUGAUCAAAAUUAG